AUGGAAAUAUGGAGGACUGUGAUUUUAGGACAGCCAGGAGAAAAAGUUAAUGAGACCCUCAUCACUGUUAAUGAGCUGCUCAUCAGCCAUUACCUGAGGACGACUCCUCUGCCUGUCGCUGGAUCUUACCAGCUUGAGAAGCCCCACGGGGCCCACAGCCGAGCCCCGGCUGGGGAGGGCGCCGGCGGCCACGGUCUCGGGUUCCCGGAUUUCAGCGGAGGCCAGGCUCCGGCGGGCGAGGCAGGUGGGGGUCAGGGCCAGGCUCCUGCACGUCCACCCGGACACGUGUGGACGCCCCACCGCAAGAAGGCCGACGGCAGGUCCCAAGGGCUCGCGGGGAAGCCCCCGCCGGGCCCACCCCGGCAGAGGCCCGCGGGAGGGCGCCUGGCGGGACGCAGCCGGGAUCAGGGCUGGGCUGGGGGCCAGCGGCCCCGCGGGAUGGAGCCCCGGCCCCCGGGUGGAGCCCCGGCCCCGCGGGGUGGAGCCCCGGCCCCCGGGAUGGAGCCCCGGCCCCCGGGAUGGAGCCCCGGCCCCGCGGGAUGGAGCCCGGGCCCCGCGGGAUGGAGCCCCGGCCCCCGGGAUGGAGCCCCGGCCGCGGGGUGGAGCCCCGGCCCCCGGGAUGGAGCCCCGGCCCCCGGGAUGGAGCCCCGGCCCCCGGGAUGGAGCCCCGGCCCCGCGGGAUGGAGCCCCGGCCCCCGGGAUGGAGCCCGGAUGGAGCCCGGGCCCCGUGGGAUGGAGCCCCGGCCCCCGGGAUGGAGCCCCGGCCGCGGGGUGGAGCCCCGGCCCCGCAGGAUGGAGCCCCGGCCCCCGGGAUGGAGCCCCGGCCCCCGGGAUGGAGCCCCGGCCCCGCGGGAUGGAGCCCCGGCCCCGCGGGAUGGAGCCCCGGCCCCGCGGGAUGGAGCCCCGGCCCCCGGGAUGGAGCCCGGAUGGAGCCCCGGCCCCCGGGAUGGAGCCCGGAUGGAGCCCGGGCCCCGCGGGGAGCGGCCGAGUUACCGGAAAGAAAAGGCGGCCCCGCAGGGCGGCGCCGGGGAGGGCGGACUCCGGGGGGCCGGUUCCGGGGGUUCUCCAGUGCUCAGCCGCCACCUGCGGGCCGCGGCCCUGGGCCGGGCACCCACGUCCUGA